GGCCCUGCCUGGGAGGGGCGGGAUUGGCUGCCACCUCCUCGGCUGUCUUCGGUCUGGGCCGCUCCGGUGCGCACCUUCCAUUCAUUCGCUGCCCCUGCUGAACCUCCAGAGAGCACACCAGACAUGGCGCCCUCAUGGGUCCCUGCGGUCGGUUUCACACUGUUCCCGAACAUUGGUGGGAUCCUGGGAUCCCGGAUCACAAGCCAGGAGGUUCCAACAUGGUAUGCAACUCUGAAGAAGCCAUCAUGGCAUCCACCCUACUGGACGCUGGGUCCCGUCUGGGGCACGUUGUACACGGCUAUGGGGUAUGGAUCCUACCUGGUUUGGAAGGAGCUGGGGGGCUUCACAGAGAAGGCCAUAGUGCCCCUGGGACUCUACGCAGGGCAGCUGGCUCUCAACUGGGCCUGGCCACCCUUAUUCUUCGGUGCUCACCAGAUGGGCUGGGGCCUGGCGGAGAUCAUCCUGACCAGUGGGGCUGCAGUGGCCACCACUGUGGCCUGGUACCCAGUGAGCCCGACAGCCGCCUGCCUCAUGUACCCUUACCUGGCCUGGAUGGUGAUGGCCACAACCCUGAAUUACUGCGUCUGGAGGGAUAACAAAGACAAAAAGCGUCACUCUGAUGCUGAGUAAAGGAGCUCUGGGGUUCCCCUCUCAGAACCGAGACGAGUGUGUUGCUAAAGCCAACUUGAGGCUCUCACCUGAGAGCCUUCUCCUUCAGCGGGUCAGCUUGGCAAGGAAACCAAACCCAUUCCCUCUGUGGGUGGGGGCCACCCCAAAGGGGGCAUCUUGUUGUAAAAUUCCCAACUGAUGUCAAGAUAUAAAUUGGGUUGUGACUAGUUCCCGCUUUUUAAAUGACCCUCACCUCCACCACAAACCAGCAAUAGAGCCAAGCGAGCCUGCUCUCACCAUUUGGUCGUACUAUAGUGGCUCAUGGCCCCACCUUUUAUAUGCAAAUAAAUUUCUCAACAACCAUA